AUGGGCAAAGGUGGAAGAAUUUGGUUUUUGAACGAUGGUUGCACCUUUGGGCAGCUUACUGAAAUGGUGCGAGAUGAUUAUAACUUGGGCAAGAAGACUGAGAUCAUCGAGUUAACCUACGCACUACCAGUCUCAAUGUUGCAAUCUAUGGCUCCAGAUACACCUCCAAUGCAUGUCACCAAUGAUAGACAAGUUUCAAGUUUGAUUUCGUUAAGCAGAGAUGGAGAAGAUGUCGACGAUGCAGCUUACUCUGACGGAGAAGAUUACAGUGUCUACGGUAAAGUGAAAGAUGAAGAUGAUGAUGAAGAUGAAGUCUGUAUUGAAAAGGUCAGAAACCGAUAUGGUGAAACAGGGAGCACGCCCAUGUCAUGGUCUGAUAAUAUAUAUGUUAGGGCAAGUUUCCCUACAAAAGAGAAGCUGUUAUCAGAGAAGUCUACCAAGACCCUGUUUGUGGCUAAAUGUCGAGUGGAAGGAUGUGCAUGGAUGGUUAGAGCAAGCGUGAAGAAUGAUGCAUCCACUUUUUGGGUGACAAAAUAUGUGAAAGACCACACAUGUUCAAUAGCCCAUCGAAUGGCUCACCGUGGGAAGUCUACUCCUAAGUAUAUUGGCAAGCUGUUUAUAAGCCAUUUCGGCAUCAUUGAUGGACUUACACCAGAACAUGUCAGGGUUUCAAUGAAGCAUAUGUUUGGCAUCAAGAUGGAUUACACUACCUCUUACAGAUCUUUGAUAUAUGCCCAACAAUUGGUCAGGGGAACAGCUGAAGAUGGAUAUGCGAGUCUCCCAGCUUACCUACAUUCAGUGAACAAAGCCAAUCCGGGAACUGUAUCAGCUCUUCAUGUAGAUUCGAAUAACAAAUUCAAAUAUCUAUUUCUCGCAUUUGGAGCAUCGAUUGCUGGUUUUCAGUACAUGAGAAGAGUUAUUGUGGUUGAUGGAUGUCAUCUAACAGGGAAAUACGAGGAUGGUUAUCCUUUGGUGAUAGUUUCUGACAGACAUAUUUCUAUUAAGAAAGCUUGUGAAACUAUUUUCCCAUGGGCAAAACGAGGGAUCUGCUACUACCAUCUACAACAUAACAUAGUAACAAAGUUUAGGGGGAAGCAGUUGCUGUACUUGGUUAAACGUGUGGCUUAUGCUUACAACCUCUAUGACUACAACCGGUACAUGGCGGAGCUGAGACAGAUCAAGCCUGACCUUGCUGACUAUUUGGAAGAAGCCGAUGUCUCUCUUUGGUCCCGAGUUCAUUUUGUUGGAGACAGAUACAAUAUUAAGACUAGCAAUGUUGCAGAGUUUAUAAAUGCUGCACUUAAGAAGGCCCGUGGCUAUCCCAUUUCAUUCCUCUUGGAUUUCAUACGAGAGAAGCUCGGUCGGUGGUUUUUAAAAAGCAGAGAGGAUGCUUUGAGUCUCACAACACAUAAUACUCGGGGAGUGGAGUAUUUGCUGGCGAUUCGUGGACAUUAUGCAGAUGCAAUGGAGGUGGACCGAAUUGACACUUAG